GGGCGGGCCGCGCAGGGCGGGCAGAGGGAAGGGAAGAUGGCGGAGGAGGAGAAGCUGCCCGCGGGGUGGGAGAAGCGCAUGAGCCGCAGCUCCGGCCGCGUGUACUACUUCAACCACCUGACGAACGCCAGCCAGUGGGAGCGGCCGAGCGGCGCGGCGCGGGCGGAGCCGGGCCGCGUGCGCUGCUCGCACCUGCUGGUCAAGCACAGCCAGUCGCGCCGGCCCAGCAGCUGGAGGCAGGAGCGCAUCACCCGCUCCAAGGAGGAGGCGCUGGAGCUCAUCAACGGCUACAUCCAGAAGAUCAAAUCAGGAGAGGAGGAUUUUGAGUCUUUGGCUUCGCAGUUCAGUGACUGCAGCUCAGCCAAGGCCGGAGGGGACCUGGGGGCGUUUGGGAGAGGGCAGAUGCAGAAGCCGUUCGAGGACGCCUCGUUCGCGCUGAGGGCCGGCGAGAUGAGCGGCCCCGUGUUCACCGAGUCCGGCAUCCACAUCAUCCUCCGCACGGAGUGAAGUGCCUUGGCAGGGCGGGAAUUCCCGGGAAUUCCGUGGGGAAUCCGGGUGGGAAUUCGUGGGGAAUCCCCGGGGAGUCUGUGGGGAUCUGUGGGAGUCCUCAGGAACCCACGGGAAUUCACGGGGAUCCUGGGGAAUUCAUGGAGAUCCGCUGAUAUCCGUAGAAGUCUGUUAACUCCACGGGAAGCCAUGGGAAUUCUCAGGAAUCCGCAGGGAUCCACAGGAAAUCCAUGGGAAUCCGCGGGAAUCCUCAGGAAAUCCACGGGAAUCUAUGGAAAUCCAUGGAGGUUCACCGGAAUUCAUGGAAGUCCAUGGAAAUCUAUGGGAGUCUAUGGAAAUCCUCAGGGAUUCAUGGGAAUUCAUGGAAAUCUGCGGGGGUCCGUGGGAAGCCUGGGGAAUUCAUGGAAAUCCAUUGGAAUCCAUAGAAGCCUAUUAACUCCACGGGAAGCCAUGGGAAUUCUACGGAAUCCGCGGGAAUCCUCAGGAAAUCCAUGGGAAUCCAUGGAAAUCCACAGGAAUUCAUGGGAGUCCAUGGAAAUCUAUGGGAGUCUAUGGAAGUCCUCAGGAAUUCAUGGGAAUUCACGGAAAUCCUCAGGAAUGGAUGGGAAUCUAUGGAAAUCCUCAGGAAUCUGUGGGAAUUUAUGGAGGUCCAUGGGAAUCCUCAGGAAUCCGCAGGGAAACCGUGGGAAUCCGCGGGAACCCAUGGAAUCCGCGGGAACCCCGCCCCGCGCUCCCCGCCACGAACUCCAGACCCCAAAACUCCUCCGCGAUUCCGCCUCCUCCUCCUGGGCGGGAGCAAAAACGGGGAAUUCCCGGGGAUUUUGGGAAUGCUCCCAGCGGUCCCGGCUCCGGGAACGCAGCGCCCGCGGUGGUGGUGGUGACGAUGGCGACGGUGACAAUGGCCAACAGUGACAGUGACAACAGUGAUGAUGACAACAGUGACGAUGACAGUGACCGACAGUGGUGACGAUGACGAUGACCAAUGAAGGUGACCAUGACCAACGAUGGUGAUGAUGAUGAUGGCCACCAGUGGUGACAAUGACCAACGAUGGUGAUGAUGAUGAUGGCCACCAGUGGUGACAAUGACCAACGAUGGUGAUGACGACGAUGACGGUUACCAUGGUGACAGUGCCAAUGACCAGUCAUGGCAAUGGCCAGCAAUGGUGACAGUGAUGAUGAUGAUGAUGACAGUGACGAUGACGAUGAAGAUGAUGACACCGAUGACGAUGACGCCGCCAUCACCAAAGGUUCCGCAGCCCCUGGCCAGGCCCCUCCCCCACCCUGCAUGUUUAUUUAACUCAUUCCCGCUCUUUUCUCCCCAAAAUACGCCCCAGAUCCGAAGGCUCCGCUUGACCCAAGUCAUUAAUUAAUUAAUUACUCGUUAAUUAAUAGCAGACACGAGGCAGCUCCCGUGGUGUCCCUUCACAGUGUCCGUCCGGAUUAUCCCGGGAAUUUCCUGGCACCAUCGCUUGGACUUCCAAACAACAACCGCCGGAUUUUUGGGGUGAAUUCACAGGAAAUUGGGAAAAAAUGACCGGAAUUCCGUUCUCCUGCCCUUCUGGGGCCACGGGUUUUCAGUUGGGGGUGAAAAAAAGUUGGAUUUGGGGAGGUUUUUUCCCAAGAUUUUUCGGUUCUGUAGUUUUUGCUUCGUUCGGUGGGAGAAAAACGGGAAAAAUCCCAAAAAUCCCAGCUUGGAUCCGUGCAAAAUUCCCAAAAAAAGCUGUAAAGCCCUGGCUCCUUUCCUGCAGAAAUAAAUCCCCCUCCAGUGGAAUUUCUGGCAA